UAUGACAUAACCUUAACAGUUCAAUGUCAUUACAUUUACAGCUCCAUAAACUACUGUGUCUGACUUCCAUUCAAUUCCACCGAAAUUACUCCUCCCUCAAUAUGGCAAAGAAAGCCCUAGUGUUAAUAGCAACAGGUACUGAGGAAAUGGAGUGUGUAAUUACUGUCGAUGUGCUUCGCCGUGGAGGGGUGGAAGUGGAGUUGGCAGGUGUUACCGGAAAAGAUGCAACAAAGUGUAGUCGCGGUGUUGCUGUCGUUCCAGACAUUGAAUUGUCACAAGCAAAAGGUCCCUACGAUGCCAUAGUCUUACCGGGCGGUUUAGGUGGAUCAAAAGCAUUCUGUGAGAGUAAACAGCUAGGAGAAGUGCUGAAGGGACAGGAACGCGACGGUGGUAUAAUCGCUGCCAUCUGUGCUGCACCUACUGCAUUACGAAUUCACGGAAUUGGGAUUGGAAAAAACUUAACAUCCUACCCAUCUGUGCAGUCUCAAGUGGUUGAAGGGGGAAAUUACACUUAUAAGGAAGAUGAAGUGGUGGUGGAUGGGAAUCUAAUAACUAGUCGUGGUCCAGGCACCGCCUUCAAGUUUGCUUUAACUCUUGUUGAACACUUGGUAGGACAAGAAAAGGCAAAAGAAGUCGCACGAGGGAUGUUAACGUCUUUUUAGGUAGAAAGGUUCCUAUUUGUACCUGUUGUAAAAAUAUGUAAUAAAUAAAAGAGGUAAAGUGCU